AUGAGUGAACAGCUAAAGACUGUCUCUGCUAUGAACAAAUUAUACAUUGGUAACCUCCCCAUAGAAGCCGACGAAGCAGCCGUGAGACAGCUCUUCGCAGAACAAAACCUAACUGUAGCCGAUAUAUCUGUGAAAAGAGGUGGCUAUGCCUUCGUUGACUUUCCUGACCAGUCAGCAGCAGAUCGCGCAAUAGAUAAAUUACACGAAAGCUUCUCGUAUUUGUAUUUUAUCGCCCUUUACUACUUGGCGCCUAGAGUGAACUCCCCACUUAAAAUAGAUGCUACUUUGACGAGCAAGGUUUCCAGAGUUCUUUCACCGUGGCGUGGGAGUUCUUUCCCAGUUUGGGAAGGCAUAGCGCGAGUAUGGCAUGAAUGUCCCCAACCUACAAAGUGCGAGCGCCACUCAACUGAAGGACAACAGCUCAGAAUCCCCCCCUGGAGGCUGGAGUUGACGUCCACGUGUUCUCAAGAAGUUGACCGGCCGGCGAACGGAGGCGCGGCGGCGGCGUUGCUGUGGCGACGCAGGGGCGCGGGAAUCGCGGCCCCGCUUUCCCACGCCCCCGCUCCGCUUCUGCCCGCUGCCCGCGCCUUCUUGCCGGCCGAAUUUUUAACACACUACGUGCAGUCCCCGCGUGUAGUGCGUACUGGUGUACUCCGCGUGCUCGCUCUCGCGUACCGAGAACACCCGCGAAUCCCGUCCCCGUUGUGA